GUACCACAAGCUCCGAUGGCUCUUCGCAUCACACCACGCAACGCACUUCACAACCAGACAACCAGACAACCCCAUCCCAGAUAGCUCAACAUGGUGCUCGAAGACAUCGAAAACACAGCCCCGGAAGGCUUCUCAGACAACCCAUAUCCCUCGUCGGACGACCCAUAUGCAUCCGCGUCGCCGCCAUCCUCAGGCGCUCGCUUCGACGCGAGCACCCUACCCCAGCCAUUACCUAUCAUAGGCACCUUCAUGGGCUUCUCCGAUCGCGCUGUCCGCUUCAAGACCGAGACUACCCUCAAGUUCGCCGAGCGCAAGGUUGGCCGUCAACUAAACUCGGAGGAAGCACAGGCGCUCGCAUACCACAUAUACCAGCUUGAGCAGACAAAAAGCUAUUUCGCUGCCACGGGUGCAGCUGCAGGAACAUACCAAUGGUACAGGACCUGGGACAAGAUGAAAUACCCCUUCUAUCAACCCAAGGUCGAGGACAUUGAUCGAAACAAAUUUGGUCCCAUCAAGGGCAAUAUGGCGCAGUUCGCACGACAUACAUGGCGAUUCUCUUUAUAUGUGUUGGUGGCAGGACAGAUGGGCAACAUCAUCGGCCAACUUCUCGCUCAGCCACUUGCUGCAGUUAACACAUCAAACGAUCCUAAACUGGAACAGUUUGGACAGGAGUUGAAGGCUUCGUCACACGCCGAAGGACAAAGGACCGCACAACAAGGACGCGAGAUUCAGGACAGGCGACGAGAGUUCCAGGAGCAGGUGAGGAAUCGCGCGGGAGGUGGUCCUUCGCCACAGGCUAGGUGGGGUAAGCAACCCCAAGAGAACGGCGAUGGAGGGGACGACAUGAGCCCGACCGCUGGAAACGAAACAUGGGGGACUCAAUCUGCAGGAACAGACACGUGGGAGAGUUUCUCGAACGAUACAUCGCAAUCGACUUCACAACGCCAGCAGGGUCCGCCAUCUACUGAAGCUUGGAAUCGCCAACCAUCUCCACGACGUCAGUCUGCACAGCCAUCAUCACUUCCUUUCGACGACGACGCUUCUCCUACCGGCGGCCUCUUCCAGGAUGAAGUCAACAACCCGCAAUCGCAGCCCCAGCCGCAAGCAAGGCCUGGCGAAUCAAGCUGGGACCGACUUAGACGCGGUGGUGCGCCAGCGCCCCUUCAAAAGCCACAGCAGCAGUCACGGAGAGCAGAGCCUGAGCGCAGGGAGCAAAGAGAAGGCUCCACGCUCGGGGAUUCAUACACAUUUGUUGAGGGUGAUGAUGAAAGAGCUAUGGAGAGGCAGCGCGCACAGCAAGAGUUUGAUGCUAGGUUAGAGCGAGAGCGCCAGGGACGCGACUUCAACGACGAAAACAAGAAGUGGUAAGGGGCGGCGAUUGAAAAGUAAACACUCGCGAAAUGUGAAUAAUCGACUGCGUAUCCAUUUCUCAAUUCAUGUGAGUCAUGAGUUUCGGGCCUUAGGUGUUGUCGCUAGAUAAGACGUACCGUGGUUGUACACCCGUGCUGCCAUCGCUUGCCCAUAUCUUCUAGGCUCCACAGAGAAAGAGGUGAGAGCACGAAUGAAGACCAAGUGAGCGCAACUUAAUACGAAUGCUCCUUCACCAGGACUCAUCUCCCUAGUUUUGCUCUCUAUAACUUCUACCUCACCUCUCUACCUCGCUUCAACCUGAAUUUCAACUUCUCGAAAUAGCGUCAACCGUGACCAAGGUACGGUGUUACAAAAACAUUCUAACCAGCCUCUCAGUCUUACUGGUACACG